UGCCGGCGCCGGCUGGGAGUUUCAGUCAGGCGCGGCGCGGGCAGCCCGCCGCGGGACCUCGCGGCGCAGCUAGGCGGCGCGGUGCACAGUGGGCCUCUCUCUUUUCGCCCGGGCAGCCUCGGCGGCAGGAUGGGGAAGUGCCGGGGGCUCCGCACCGCCCGCAAGCUCCGCAGCCACCGCCGCGACCAGAAGUGGCACGACAAGCAGUACAAGAAGGCCCACCUGGGCACGGCGCUGAAGGCCAACCCCUUCGGCGGCGCUUCCCACGCCAAGGGCAUCGUCCUGGAGAAAGUUGGAGUAGAAGCUAAGCAGCCCAAUUCUGCUAUCAGGAAAUGUGUCAGAGUCCAGCUGAUCAAGAAUGGCAAAAAAAUAACAGCUUUUGUUCCCAAUGAUGGUUGCCUAAACUUCAUUGAGGAAAAUGAUGAAGUUCUGGUUGCUGGUUUUGGUCGGAAGGGUCAUGCUGUGGGUGAUAUUCCUGGAGUUCGUUUCAAGGUUGUCAAAGUAGCCAAUGUUUCUCUGUUGGCCUUAUACAAGGGCAAGAAGGAGAGACCAAGAUCAUGAACUGAAAUUGAUCUGCUAAGAAUAUCAAUAAAACUUUUGAUUGGAAAAACUCC